GUACAGCAGAUUAAAUCCCUCUGCUCCGUUACAGCCCGGCCCUCUGGUGCCACAGCCCGGCAGAGAGCCCAUCACUCUGCAGAGACCCAAGACGGACGACAGAAGCUCCUCAGAGACUCAGAGAUUUCCGUUCUUCGACAGGGAACCCUUCAGACCCGUCACAGAGUUCCUCCCACAGUUUGACGUGAAGGAGCCGAACCACCAUGUGGUGAUGACGGGAGCCAUCGGGCCGGCAGGUCCCACUCUGAAGACCCCGACUGAGAAGAAGACACCGGCGCCACCUCCGACUCCUCCUCCUCUGCCCUCUGACACCUACAUAUCAGCGGAGCGCUGCAGCCACGUGCUGGAUCCAGGACCGUGCCGGGACUACGUGGUGAAGUGGUACUACGACGCCACGGCUAACUCCUGCGCUCAGUUCUGGUUCGGAGGCUGUCUGGGAAACAGCAACCAGUUUGAGAGUGAGAAGAGCUGCAGAGAAACCUGCGUCAAGGUCUGAAUAUACUCGAUAACUUGUGGCCACCAACAAAACAUUCGGCUGCGACGACAGAUGCGACUUCAACAUGAACUUCAGCAGCUUAGUAUUUUACUUGUAGCUUCGUCGACACGGAUAGGGAAGAUAAAAGAGGCGACAUUAAACCAAAUUAGCCUGAAAUGGAGUUUAAGUUUUAAAUUGUUCAGUAGGUGAAAUACUCUUAAAUGUUUUUGUUUUUUUCCUGUUGGGAGUUGUGUGUUAAUCGUGUAAACCGAGCUGAGCUAAAGCAGAAAAGAUGAUACCUGUGAUGUUACUGACACACUGUGGAAAACACAUUUUAUAACCACUAACAUUUCUACUCCGAAAACGUAACCGCUUUG